CAGGUUCACCUAGUCCUCGUGUCGGAAUCGAAAGAGGUCGAUCAGGAUGGUUUAGAUUCUUACGAGCCAUCCUUGCAUGAGUGACUGCUGAGAGUAUUUUUUCAAAUUUCGGGAGGAAUUGAUUCGGGCUGGCCACACCAAGAGGUGAAUUGUGAACGAGGCCGGGCAGGCAAGUGUUUAGCCCUAAUUAGGGUUCAAAGGUAGAUUCCCAAUUAUCUGCUAUCAGCUUCUGCAACUCUGAUUUGCAGCGAUGACUGAGUACUGGGUUAGCCAGGGCAACAAAUGGUGCGAUUUCUGCAAAAUCUUUAUAGCAAACAAUCCAUCUAGCAUUAGAAAUCAUGAGCUCGGUCAACGUCACAAGGAUAGUGUUGCCAAGAGGCUUGACACUAUGCGAAAAGAGGGUGCUGCCAAGGAAAAGCAACAAAAGGAAGCCGUCCGUGCCCUUGAGCAGAUUGAAGCAAAAGCAAAACGGAGCUAUCAGAAGGAUAUAGCGAAUCUUCAAGAAGCCAGAGAUUCUCAUGCCCAAGCAUUAAAUUCUCAAGAAGAAGGUGAAGAGAAAUGGGAGCAUGACAGCGCUUCAGGCUAUUAUUACAACCAAAGCAAUGGUUUUUACUAUGACCCAAACUCAGGAUUUUACUAUUCUGAUGCAAUAGGCAAGUGGGUGACACAGGAAGAGGCAUACGCCACACCACAGUUUUCUUCAUAUUCUAAACAUAGAGAACCCACUAUGAAACGGCCAUUGUCUGCUUCAGAGUUAGGAUCAGUCACAGAAAGUAAAGGUGCUGCUAAAGUUCAAAAUAGGCCAUCGCCUGGACCUGUUGUUUCCGCUUCCUUAAAUCCCAUGAGAUCUGUUAAAGGUGCUCCAUCAUCACUUGCUGUUGGCAAGAGGAAGAGGCAAGACGGGAAGCCAAAGGUUCUAUCCAAAGAAGAAGCAACUGCACUUAAAGCAAGGGAGGCUGCAAAGAAGAGAGUUGAAGAGAGAGAGAAACCUUUGCUGGGCCUCUACAAGGCUCUUUGAUUUGAACACCGAAGAAUGUUUCUCAGGUUCAUGAAGAUUAUUUGAGUAGGCCAGCUACAAAGGAAGAUGCAUGUUCAACCCACAUUGUUUUCCAUCCCAAGAAAAAGGUGGUCCGAAAUGUCAACUUCUGAUCUGGUUUCUCUCAUCCUAACUCUCUUAUUAAUGAAAACUUAUUUUUAUAUUGCUGAAGUUCGGGGAAUGAAGAAACCGUAUGUGAUUGUGGUAGCUUUGGUAAUGGAUAUGUUUUAACAGUUGGCUGUCAAA